CGAGUGAGUGCGGGGCCGAGGCGAGGGCGCGUGUGAGACCCCUGGCUAGUGCUCCGGGAGUAAGCAUCCCCCCUCGCUCAGGAUGGACACGACGUUGCCGUCUGGGAAACGACGCCGUCUCCUAGGAUGGCCGAGGUGGGGGCCCCGGGACGCUUGUGGCUGGAGAGCCCCCCUGGGGGUGCACCGCCUAUCUUCCUACCCUCGGACGGACAAGCCCUGAUCCUGGGCAGGGGACCCCUGACCCAGGUUACGGACCGGAAGUGCUCCAGAAACCAAGUGGAGCUGGUCGCAGACCCUGAGACGCGGACAGUGGCCGUCAAACAGCUCGGAGUGAACCCUUCCACUGCCGGGACCCAGGAGCUGAGGCCAGGGUUGGAGGGCUCUCUGGGGGUGGGGGACACGCUGUAUUUGGUCAACGGCCUCCACCCGCUGACCCUGCGCUGGGAAGACACUUGCACGUCAGGAUCCCAGCCAGAUUCUCCACACGGCACCCCUCUGGUGGCCCCAGAAGAGGAGGAUGCCAAGCAGCAGAAAAAGAGGAUGCGGAAGUCAUCCCCUGGCUGGGAGAAGUUCGAAAAGUUGCUAGUGUUCACUGCAUCUGGGGUGAAGCCCCUUGGCAAGGUGGCUGCCUUUGAUCUGGACGGGACCCUCAUCACCACCCGCUCUGGGAAGGUCUUUCCCACCGGCCCCAGUGACUGGAGGAUCCUGUUCCCAGAGAUUCCGCGGAAGCUCCGGGAGCUGUGUGCUGAGGGUUACAAGCUGGUGAUCUUCACCAACCAGAUGGGCAUCGGGCGCGGAAAGCUGCCCGCAGAGGAGUUCCAGGCCAAGGUGGAGGCGGUGCUGGAGAAGCUGGGGGUGCCCUUCCAGGUGCUGGUGGCCACGCACGCAGGCCUGUACCGGAAGCCGGUGACCGGCAUGUGGGACCACCUGCAGGAGCAGGCCAAUGAGGGCGUGCCAGUCUCCAUCGCAGACAGCAUCUUCGUGGGAGAUGCAGCAGGACGCCCAGCCAACUGGGCGCCAGGACGGAAAAAGAAAGACUUCUCCUGUGCAGACCGCCUGUUUGCCCUCAACCUUGGCCUGCCGUUUGCCACGCCUGAGGAGUUCUUCCUUAAGUGGCCGGUUGCUGCCUUCGAGCUCCCAGCCUUUGACCCGAGGACUGCCUCCCCUUUGGGGCCUCUCUGCCUCCCCGAGUCCAGCUCUCUCCUGAGCUCCAGCCCAGAGGUGGUCAUCGCUGUGGGAUUUCCUGGGGCCGGGAAGUCCACCUUUCUCAGGGAGCACCUUGUGUCGGCCGGAUACGUCCACGUGAACAGGGACACGCUGGGCUCAUGGCAGCGCUGUGUGAGCCUGUGUGAGACUGCGCUGAAGCAAGGGAAGCGGGUGGUGGUCGACAACACAAACCCAGACGCCGCAAGCCGUGCCAGGUACAUCCAGUGCGCCCGGGCUGCUGGCGCCCCCUGCCGCUGCUUCCUGUUCACCACCACGCUGGAGCAGGCUCGCCACAACAACAGGUUCCGUGAAAUGACCUGCUCCUCCCACGUGCCAGUGUCCGAUGUGGUCAUGUUCGGCUACAGGAAGCAGUACGAGGCCCCAACACUGGCCGAAGGCUUCUCGGCCAUCCUGGAGAUCCCGUUCCAGCUGCGUCCUGAGCCCCGGCUGGCCCGUCUAUACCGUCAGUUCUCUGAGGGCUGAGAUCCCAGCCCCCCUCCCACAAUAAAGGAUCUUUCUUUAGA